AAAACAUCCAACCUUUGGACACGCAAGCGAAAACAAGGGCCUGAAAAGAUACGAAGCACAACCAAAGAAGUUGAUUCCUUCGCUUAUAUCGUGGGAAUCUUUUCGAGAGCGUUGCUACUAGCAUCUUUGGUAAGUAAACAAUUAUUUGCGGUCUUUAUUGUAGCCCUCUAUUCUACUACUUAUUUCCGUUUAAAACGAUAUUUCAAAGGGCCCAAAUUCAGAUUUUUAGCUCUAAAUGAAAAACGAAUGUAAAAAGUCCUGAAUCAUGCAUGGAAAUCAAUCUCGUGAUCACACGUCAAUGGUCACCGGAAAUGUUUCCACCAUGUCGACAUGAUUUUGUUUAGACAGACUGUGUGUGGAUUGUAACAAUAGAGCAGUAAAGUGUGACGUUAUAAAAAUGAAAUUUCUGAAAUUAUGGGAUUUGUCAGGAUAUUCUGAAAGAACAAUGUUCAAGAGGCCUACUUGCCAAAAAUGAGCAUUUCGGGGCAAAUUGUCUCUGAGAUCGUAGCCCAGUUAUGCUUAGAAAACUCCAUACAAACCCUUCUAAAUUUAUUGGGGGUCGCAAUUCUAAUUGCGCGAGCAAGAAAAAAAUCAUAUCAUUUAGUGUUUCGCUUUGACAAAGAGCGCUUCUUCUGUUUUGAAGAAAUUGACUUCAACAGUGAUGAGCAAUAUAAAACUUGUGUCUGUUAACCGCUUUGAAGUUCAAAUAGUGACCACAUUCUUCCAACAAUCAAUACAUAGAGUAGAGUAAUGAGAAUUGUUAAACUGAUCAACAAGGAGAAAAUGUUUUGAUCUUUUAUCAAAUUCUCUCAACGAAUGUAUGGAGAUAAGUUUCGAGAAUUUGUAUCGGUAUAUUAGGGCUUUAAGUGUUAAACGAUACGCCGGCUCUCAAAAUUGUACCAUAAGAGAGAAAGUCAUUCAGAAAAAAGAAGUCUCUUUAGGUACAGAGACUCUGAUCGUACCAUUUCAAAGGGAUAUUAAUAAAUUUUGGAAAUGACUCUGACCUUAAAAUGCUAAGGACAAGCGGCCGGGCUCCCUUAUUUUUAUAUACCGUACUUGAAAUCAAGAAAAUAAGAUGAUUGUUUGUUAGUGAUGAUAAACCGCGGGUGGCGAGUGACGGGUGGCGGAUGACGGGUGAUAAAUCCAAUUUGUAAAGCAGAAAUAUCACGAUUAUAAUGAAAUAAAAUUACUGUAAUUAGCUCUAUUUAUUAUUUAAGUAACAGACCACACUUUCUAUGGGUUUACCAGCGUGAUAACCCACUUGGGAUGUUGGGAGAACACUCGCUUGUGUUCUCGCAACAUCCCAAGCGGGUUUUCACGCCGAUAAAGAGAGGUUAAAGGGAGGGUGUUAUCCGCCUCGGCCUACGGCCUCGACGGAUAACACCCUCCUCGAUCUCCAUAAUUCUUCAUAAGAUACUCAGCCUCAUUCAUUUAUUGUUAGAUAGGGUAAUUGAUAACUGGUAUAUAUAUUGUAACUUUGAAUUAUUUCAACGUUUAAGUACCAGCCGGUACAAGACUCCAAAGAAAAAUAAUUGUCUUGCCUUGUCUACGUUAGGCUACGUAUACUUAAGCGGACUAUUUUUUCCCCAAGGCUUCAUUUUCGCAAAGAUUUUGUACAUUUUAAACCACAGGUGACCCACGCUCACUAUUUGUGUCACGAGCGAGUUUCAUAUAAUAUGAGUUAAUAUUGAGAACAUAUGGGGCGAAGUUUAGGUCUGGAAAUUUGGUAGAAAAUGGAAAUGAAAAUCGAAGAAUUUUACCAUGUGGCGAGUUGUUCAUGUCCUUAAUAUGCACACGAAGUUUCGGGAAACUUCGUGUGAAUAUAAAGGACAAUAACAACUCGUCACAUGGUAAGUUUCAUCGAUUUUUAUUUUCAUUUUCUAACAAAUUUCCAGACCUACUUUUAACAAAAGAACAAACGCACUUGUCACGGUUCAGACGUGUCAAGACGCGAAUGCGAUCUUAAUUGUCUGGCCUUGACUUAAGAUUCCUUGUCUCGGAAUAAAUUUUACUUUAACCCACCACCCGCGGAAAAGUCCUGCCGUAACUUUCGUGAAUACCCCUGUUAGUGACUUUAAAAAAGAAGUUCGAAUGCUUUGAACAACAGAAAAAAAGGAUGAAAAGACAUUCAAGAUUAAACGUGAUUAAAAUUCUAGAGUCGUUAGCCGUUUAAUACUAAUGACCUUUGUCUUAAUGGUUGUCCAUCUUUUAUGUUUUUCUCGACCGGGUGAAACUAGAGCCGAAAAAACCGGAUGCUCUCGCAGGCUACGUGAUUUGUUACUGCUCUAAUUUAUGUCUUAGGUUCAAACACAGACGAGUGGUUGUUAUGGUUGCGAUGGUGACCAAGUCACAUGGAGAAGUGACAAUGAAGGACUGAAUGACACGUGUCUGCCGUGUAUCGACUGCCCGGAUGGAAUGGAGCCCUCUAUCUGGUGCGGAGGGGUUGCCAAAUACGGAACAGACCUGCACUGUGUAGCGUGCAAAGUGGGAACGUAUUCUGAUACCUAUGGUAAAGAACAGUGUAGGUCAUGUUCUUUGUGCUCAGAGGGGAGGUCAGUUAAACGUAACUGUUCUGCAUCGCAAAAUAGACUGUGUGGCCCGUGUAACUAUGGUUACUACAUGAAUGAUGUUGUCUCAAGCUGCCUACCUUGUUCCAUCUGCUGUUGGGAUGGUAAAGACCAAUUAGAGAGUCAGUGUAAAGAACAGGGAUUACCAAGCCAUCGGCACUGCAGACCGAGACACAAAGACGGCUGUGAUCUAUCGACAACAGCAACGAAAGAGAGCACAAGAACUGAGGGCAGGAUCGUGAUCACCAGUCCAACUACAAAUAAGAGAACAAUUCAAACGAGAAAAACAACCACGUCGAGAAUUUCAGUCACGGUACAAGACGACAGCACCAAAAUACAAUCAAAUAAAAGUACUACACCUUUCCAGUCGCACUCAACUGCCACGGAACAGCUGGAAGAAGAAAUAAUCAAGCGUAAGCCCACGUCCCCAACAGCUCUGACCCGACACCCGAGAAGAAAGAACCGAGAAAACACUGCAUCUACACACUUAACCACGAGGGUAUUUUCUUAUGGUAAAGGUAGAAGAUCUCUGGCAGAGAGGAGCGAAAACGAGAGGAGAAUUAUCAUAGCCGUUGUUGUCAGUAUGGUGGUUCUAAUCCUCUUGGCUGUCAUUAUCAAAAGGAACACUGUUGGAAACUACUUGAUAUGGAUGAAGUGUCGUCCAGUUUGUAGGUCUCGCGAUUCCGAGCUCGGUGAAGGCACCGAGAGUAGCAGUUUAGACGAAAGCAGAUCAUCAGUCGUGGUUGUCCCUGAUGUAAAUGGAGUUCAGGGAGGUAAGUGCAGUUUUCUUAAUUUUCUUUCUUCCAUUCUUUCUUUCUAAAUUUCCGGAUUCCAGUAUAAAGAGAACUUGGUCGCUUUUGCAAUCGCUUUAUGUACUUGUUUGGUCUUACAAAUUAAGCUUGUUGUUGUUGUUGCAAAAAAAAAGUACAUAGGCGAUAUGCUACAAUUGGAAAAAAUAUGAUGCAAAUAUGUGCAGCGAAACAAAGCCUGUAUCUAAGGCCGCAAAAACAGAGAAUACUGCAUCCAGAAAUACGUUUCACUCUCCCAGGAGACUUCUAAAAGUUUAGUACCAGACGACAAAAAUACACAAGAGACUUCGGUGGAAGUGAACUUCCAGCAUGAAAUUUACGUGGUACCUUUUUUGAGGUUUUAAUCAUUUCAUUUCUAUAUUUCUUACAGUUCUGUCUCCUUUGAAUACACUCAAAUCUCUUUCAUUAGACGCUUACGAAAAAGUCUGGAAGCGACUGGACAAACGGCCCGAAGGAACAAACAAAGGUGACUUUAAAACUGUAGCUCUAGAGUUCGGGUUUGAAGAGGAAAACAUUUGGGAACUAGAAAAGGAAUUUAAGACGUCUGGAUCGGGAAGUCCUUCAAGACAGCUGCUAGAAGCCCUGGAAACAAGACGACCUCAGUUAACUGUCUUUGAAUUUAUUAUAGUGAUGAAGAAGCCAAACAUCGAUAGGGACGAUAUCGUUGACAUCCUUACAGAUUACCUUUUCAAAUGA